AGGGAAGAAGCACCCGCCCCUCGUGGACGAGCCUCCCGCGGACGGCCCGUGCGAGAGCGCGGGCAAGAAGCCCACCAAGACGGCCGCGGAGGAGACACCAGAGGGAAAGGGUGAGCAGAACUUUGACAAUAUUCUGGACCGCGUCGUCGGCUUCUCCGCGGCGUUGAUGGCUGGUGCAUGCUGUACGAUACAGUUUGGUGUGGUCAACGUCGCGAAGCGCUACGUGCUAGGCUCGUGCGCGGACUCGACGCACCAGUGCCCGCCGAACAUCGUGGAGAAGUUCGACAUCUUCGGGUCCUGGAUGGCGUCCUUCGGCAUCGGUGCCCUGGGGAUCUCGCUGGCCGCAGUGUGCAUGGUAUGGACCAUCGAGGGCCUGAAGGGCCAAGCCUAUUCCAGCUUCCACUGGAAGGUGAUGUGGCUGCCUGGCAACCUGGCCGGCAUCUGCUGGGCCGCUGGAAAUGUCUUCCAGCUCGCCGCCCUGACGCGAGGCGGCAGCGCCGUGAUGAUGCCCUUCAACCAGGGAUGCUCCUUGAUGCUAACCGGCUUGUGGGGGCUGCUCUACUACAAGGAGG